GUUGAAUUUAGUAUGAUCGCGACUGCCCAUCGAGAACAAUGGUAGAGCAGAGCAGUUAGCCCCGUCACAGCCCCGAAAUCAGCUAAGAGCUAAGCAAAUGCACCACUAAUCAUUCAUCAGUAUUCGGCCAAGUACGCACCGUGUCGACGACUUUGGAAACUUGUUUGAUAGCCGCUACAAACGAUAGCAUAAAUUAAACACAAACAAAAAUAAAUACGAAAACAACAACAGAGAACAAAAAAAGAUGACAACGGAUACGGCAAAGGGGGCCAUAAACAAUGGCUACGAACUGGAUCAUCGGGAACUGGACAUGCCAAAUGCGGCAGCAUUUAAGGAAAUGCCACAGCACGGCCUCGAGCUGCCACAAAGGGGGGAAGAAGGAAAGGGAUUCUUCUAUAAAAAUCCAAAAAUAGCACGCAUCGUGAAGAUUUCGGUUUACAUUCUAUUGCACCUUCUGGUCGUGGGCUACUUCUCGUAUGCCACCUACCAUUACAACGACAUCACUAAUUACGAGUGCUCCUGGAACUCGUCAGGUAAUCCUCUUUGUGGCAUCAACUGGUGCUCUGGCUAUGGCAUGCUGCUGCUCGUGCUGGGAUUCAUCUACAUUGGCAUGUUCUACUACUAUAUAUUCAAGCCGAGAGUGGGUCUCUGGCUGCACAGGGAGUACCUUAAGCCGGCUGCCCGAAAGUGGCACAACUUUAGCAGAACCAGGGCUGUCUCGCUGGCCUGCAUUGCCCUGUUGCUGGUCUUUCUGGCCAUCUUUCUGUACUUCGAGACUAAGGAUGAGCCGCAGAAGCUGGUGUCGCUGGUGGCCCCCUGCUUCUUCAUACUGUGUGGCUAUUGCUUCUCCACGAAACGCAGCGCUAUUAAGUGGCGCAUUGUGAUCACAGGCAUCACGUGCCAAUUCCUGCUGGGCAUAUUCUGCAUACGCUGGGAGGUGGGGCGGAAUAUCUUCGAUUGUCUGGGCCAGAAGGUCGCCACGUUCCUCGACUACGCCAAAGAUGGAGCACAGUUUGUCUUCGGCGACUUCCUGAUUAAGGCCGAAGUCUUUGCGUUCGCCAUUCUGCCCGUGAUCUUCUUCUUCAGCUUCUUCAUCUCCAUCCUGUACUACAUGGGCGCCAUGCAGUGGGUGGUCAUCAAGCUGGGCUGGAUACUGCAGCAGAUAUUGGGCACCACCGUCUGCGAGAGCGUCACCGCCGCGGCCAACAUCUUUCUGGGCAUGUCCGAGAGUCCACUGCUCAUCCGGCCCUACAUCAACAAGCUGACCAAGAGCGAGAUACACAGCAUAAUGGUGUCCGGAUUUGCGACAGUUUCCGGCACGGUGCUGGCAGCCUACUUGUCCUUCGGGGCAUCCGCCGCCCAUUUGAUUACCUCCUCGGUAAUGGCUGCCCCUGCCACGCUGGCCAUCUCGAAGCUCUAUAUGCCCGAGACCGAGGAGAGUCAGACCACAUCCGAGUCCAUUGAGCUGGAGAAAUCGCAGGACUCGUCUUUGCUGGAUGCUGCGUCCAGCGGCGCCAGCAAUGCCGUGCCCAUUGUCCUGGGCAUCAUUGCCAAUAUCGUGGCAUUUGUGGCCUUUGUCGCCUUCCUCAACGGCAUCGUCAAUUGGCUGGGAUAUCUGGUGGGUGUCGAUGAUAUCGACUUUGAGUGGAUAUUCUCCAAGCUGUUCAUUCCGCUCGUCUGGGCGAUGGGCGUGCCGAGCCAAGACUGUAAUCUCGUUGCCAAGGUCGUGGCCACAAAGACAAUAAUAAACGAGUUCGUGGCCUAUGAGCGACUGGGCGCCUACAUACAAGCGGGCGAAAUCACAGCUCGCAGCGGUGGCAUUGCCACGUUUGCCAUCUGCGGCUUUGCCAAUCCCAGCUCGCUGGGUAUUCUCAUUGGAUCGCUGAGUGCCAUGGCACCGAAUCGACGCUCCACCAUCACCUCGGUGGCAUUCAGAGCCUUUGUCGUGGGCAGCAUUGUGUGCUUUGUGUCCGCCAGUUUUGCAGGCAUACUCUUACAAGAAGACGACGAGAGGGCGAACUACGACAAAAUCAUACAGAAAUUGGGUCGCCGUAAUGCCACCCACGGAUAGGAAUACACAGGCUGAGAUCUUAGAUCGUUACAGAUAGCUGAUCAACUUAAGAAUAAUAAAAAGAAAAACCAUAUUAUUUAUUAAAAAAUA